GACGCGCACAAGCAAACACAAUCGAUCUCCUCUGUGAUCUUAUCGAUUCGCUUCAUUUUCCUCCAGCAGAGCGAGGCACACUGGUAAGUGUUUGCUUGGUGUAAUAAGUCGAACUAGACAGCAAACCGAGAGGAGCAGAAACACUAACAGAGAACUGCUUGCGCGUGUCCUUGGAAAACAGCUGCGGCUCGAGCCCAGCUACCAGAUUGUGCUCGCGCGUGUACGUGUGCUGGCUGGAACAUUGCUGUUAGUCGAGGUCAGUGGAAGAGAACGAUAGAGGUACGAGUUGUGCAGAGUGCCACACGGUAUUGACGGGCGGUGCAUUACUGGAGAAAAGCGGAAAGAUCAACACAGAGCUGGUGACUCGGCUCUGUCGGCUGUUGUGGACACGUUCAUUGGCGGAUUGAUUGACUGACUCUAGUGUAAAAUCCCGGCGAAGACCAUAGUGAUUCGCUGUCCCAGGGGCAGAGUUUUGUAGCACCAUGCAUCGUGGCUAUCAACCGACCAAGCCUGCCACCAACAAGGUGCUGGCAAAGCGAUGGGACGAUCAGAAGUUCUCGUCCCACAGAGAUCGGGUACGUGGCGCAAAGCCCAUGGUUGACACCAGACCACCCAAGGUCCAAUCACACCUUGCGGUCAAGAUGAAGAAACUUCAGCUGGAAGAGGAGCGCAAUGCUGUAAUCGACCGAGACAACCGCAUGCUGCUGGAGAAGAUGUCUACCAUCAUGCACACGCGUGGCCGUAUUGACGAUCGCAAUGACUACGAGCAUAAGAGCUUGAACCGACUGCAACGCCAGCGAGAACUGAUGAGCAUCAUGCGCGAGAAUCAGAAAAUGGUGGGUCGUCUGAAAGACCGAACACAGAAACCCAACUACGACAAUUCCAAAAUGGCGUCGGACUGGACCAGAAAGCAGCAAUAUGCCAGCUCCAUUGCUGCCUACCCACCUGACUGGUAUGAACAGAUGCAGGCCAGUGGUCAAGUACGCCAACGUCCGCAUGCACUCACCCAAACUGCUCCUGCAGUCAUGCAGGCACGUCGGCCUCUGCCACCCAUAGGAAGCAGCCACCAGGAGUCAGUAGGGGAGGAGGUAGUGGUCGUCACAGAUGGAGACUUGAGCAGUGGAGCAGCGCCGCAAAGCAGCACGUUACACUCAUCAGCAGUAGGAGCCUCGAGUGGAGCUAGCCGGGGAAGUGCCCAUCUAGACGAUGAUGAUGACGUGCCUUCUCCAGAGCCUUUAGUGGUGCUGGAUGACAGUCCACAGCACUCUGGCAGGGCAAGUCACGCUAGUCAAGCCAGUCGAGGCAGCGAAGCCAGAGCACGGGAAGAGUCCACUGAACGUGCAGGUGCCAAAGAAUCGUCCCGGCCGGCAUCAACACAGAGCCAUGUAAGCAGCACCUCCGCAGCAAGCAGAUCUUCCGCUGCUAGCAAGACAUCUGCAUCGACCAAGGCAUCAGAGCAUGCCAAAGCACCAAUCUCAAGCAAGACAUCUAGCCAGUCAUCCGUAUCCAGCAAAGAAUCGGGGAAAUCGGCAACAACCAGCAGCAAGCCAUCCGCCACGGCCAGCAAAACCUCCAUCAAGUCAUCCAGCCGGACCUCCACACAAUCUUUGAGCAAAGCCGGUAGCAGCACUCCAAGUCAAACAUCGCUUGCCAGCAAGAAGCCAUAAGCAGCGUAUGACAACCGACCAGACCAUAUCAAUUAAGUCACUUCAAGGACGUUUCAAAAUUACACUGUUAGCCAAUAAGAUCCUUCAGAAGCACAUAGCAACAUGUCUUGAGCCACUUCCUGUGAAUAUGUGUAUCUGCAUGGACAAAACAACACCUACACUGAAUGACUGCACCAGUUAAUGUAGCCCUAGUAUUCUUAGUGUCAUGUAUAUGUUAGAACCAGAAAAAAAUGAUGGUAUUUGUUCCUGUUUCAUACUUGAAAAAAUACUUGCGUUUCAAUAGUCAGCAUGGUCUAGAAAUUAAAAUUCUAAAAUCACAUCUAAAUUGUACUUAAAAAAAGGUUAAAAAAUAUUCAAAUGCCAACAGAUUGCAUUCAGAUUUCUGUGGAUAAGUUUCAAAUCAGCAUAUCUCUCUUGC